AGCAGUCCGCCCGCCGACAUAUAUUUGACCCGAAGCUAUUCCUUGACGGAGAAGUGCUGCACAAUCGACCUAGUGCAGAACCCAGUACACCAAGAUAUCCGUAUUCUACUUUCAACGAUGUCAGUGCUCGCCUUCGCCUAGGGAACUUGUGUCAUCUCACUUGCAAUGUGUAGAUCUUCGGGAGACUCAAAGCCUCGUAUGCCGCCAACUGCAUGCGCAACGUUUUCCCUACUGACUGUAGCGAAAGCGCAUACAACGACUAUGGCCGCCUACACUUCAACAAGACAACAAGUAUUUGGUCGCCAACAGCCGACCGAUGUUUGUAUUUCUUCCCGCAUCAACGAUACGACGCGACCAGUCAGACGUUCUCCGACGCUCUAUGCGGGUCCAUGGCCCGCGGCGAGAUCCGCGAGUGCUUCCUCGGCAGAGAUGAGGGUACGUGGAGCUAUUGCGGCACCUUCGAAUGCACCGGCGUGUCGUACAUGUACUACGGAGAUUUCAUCGCGUUCCAGAGAGACCGGCCCGGCCUUGUCGAGAGAAUCAUGUCGAAAACAUUGCUCAACUGCCCCGCCGAAGUUGGUGAACAUCACCGAGAGCGUAUCUUGCGCGACGAUGAGUUGGUCGUCGGCUGCUGCGGGCUCGUGAAGACCGGACAUGAUGUCGACAUCGAGCGUGCGCUGGGGGCACAUAGCCAGGCGUCGAGCCCUCACGCGCUCAAGCGCACGUCGAGUGAGAGCCAGAGUGGGAGCAGGAAGAUGCAAAGGCAGUCUACCACAUCCAGUGACGGACGAGCCUGAUGCUCCGCACUACUUCCGAUAAAAUUGAUUAUUCAUUCAUUAUAUCACCGUCUCCUGUCAACGCUAUCUCGCUGCUUUGUAUCUUGAUAUUUCCGUGUCUAUACGCUCUGAAAUCUGCUGUCAUUUCUUAGCACUGUUGCAUUAAGCAUAGUCGUCCGCACCGCGCCGGAAUGACUUGAGUUCGCCGCAUACAGAAUCACCAGUUCAAUUACAUCUACAUCAUAUAGAUACGUUUUGACUAGAAGUGGUCGGCGACUCGGCGUGCGCAGUCGACGGGGUACACAACUGUCAAGACGGUAAGUGCGC